AUGGCAAAAGACAUUUACAAGACCUUCAAACGAUCGGUCUCCGGAAUUGUCGGUGGAAAUAAUAUUAAUGGAGAAGGAUCUUCAAGCCCGUCGACGAGUGCACCACAAGUAAAAUAUCGUGGUGGGACCGGAAGAACGUGGAUUCAUCCGCCAGAUUAUCUUAUCAAUGGCCAUGUGGAAUAUGUUGCACGGUUCCUUGGAUGCGUCGAAACUCCAAAAGCAAAUGGAAGUGACGUGGCAAGAGAAGCGAUCCACGCGAUUCGAUUUCAACGCGAUCUGAAACGAUCUGAACAAACGCGGGAGACGGCGAAACUGCAAAAAGUGGAAAUUCGCAUCUCGAUCGACAAUGUGAUCAUUGCGGAUAUUAAGACAAAAGCGCCAAUGUACACUUUUCCAUUGGGAAGAAUAUCGUUUUGUGCUGAUGAUAAAGAUGACAAGCGAAUGUUCUCAUUUAUUGCUCGCGCCGAGGGUGCUAGUGGGAAGCCGUCUUGUUACGCGUUCACAUCAGAAAAGCUAGCUGAAGAUAUCACUCUAACUAUCGGAGAGGCUUUUGAUCUCGCCUACAAGAGAUUCCUUGAUAAAAAUCGAACGUCUUUGGAGAAUCAGAAGCAAAUAUACAUUUUGAAGAAAAAGAUUGUGGAGCUUGAAACCGAGAAUCAAGUGCUCAUUGAGCGAUUAGCAGAAGCUCUACGGGCUAAUAGUAAAGCUGAUUAUGAGAACACGGGUCCCCCAAUCUAUCCAGGAUUAGGUCCUCCAGCACUUCCACUUUCUCCGAUGCCUCAAGGACCUCCACCAAACAUUCCUCCAUCCUCAAUAUAUUCCAUGCCACGUGCCAACGAUCUUCCACCAACUGAAAUGGCUCCAACUCUCCCUCAGAUUUCUACAUCAUCAAAUGGAGCAUCACCAUCCGUGAGCCCGGCAUCCACAUCACCAUCUGGACCAGCUCCAUCAAUUCCUCCACCGAGACCUCCUGCACUGGCUCCUCCGCCACCAGUUGCUCCACGCAGAAACCCCGUUGUUUCACCGAAAAACUCCACGGCGGGAUUGUUGGAUGGAUUGGAGUUGGGGUCAGCUGAGCCGGCAAAAAAAGCUCCUAGUAAUAUUUUCGAUGAUUCGUUUGAUCCCAGAGCUGGAGAAAAAAAGAGCACUGCAGCUGAGUAUAAUCCAUUCGGUGCGGACUUCCUCAGUGGCAUUCAAAAUGGUAAAGAAGCACCACCAUCAGCCUCCGCUGAACUUCUCGCUUCUGAAGCAAUCGCUCGUCUUCCAAAGCCAGAAUCCUCAUCUGUACCACCCAAAAAGACCGCUGCAGAGUAUGAUGCAAUGAUCAAUGAAGUGGAGAAGAAGCUUGCCGCGAUGAGUAGUGGAUCAUUUGAGUUCGGGCAGCUUCAAACCGGGGACCUUGGCGGAAUCGAAGGCGAAAGCGAUUAUGGAACACCAUCGGAUCGUUUGAAUCCGAAAAUGAUGAAUUUGAAGCAAUAAGUUUAUUUCCUUUUUUUUAAAUUUUCCAAUUUUCUACGUUUCACGGUGAUUUUUUUCCAUUGCAUUCUUGUACUAUUCUUGUAUCAUUCUUUUACUAGCAGGGUUUGGCCGAACGGCUUGCCAAAUUUAUUAGCUGAAUGUAUUUAUUUGCACGCUAUCAUUUUUAAAAAUUACUUACUUACUUACAUGUGAAAAAUAAACUGGAAUGUC